AUGAGGCGAGUGGUACGACAGAACAAGUUUCGGCCUGUAUUUGGACACGCGGUGAAAAACGACCAGUGUUAUGAUGACAUCCGGGUUUCUCGAGUGACCUGGGAUAGAGCCUUUAGCUCUGUCAAUCCCAGAUUUGUUGCCAUUAUCAUAGAAGCGAGUGGGGGAGGAGGGUUCCUUGUGCUCCCUUUGCACAAGACUGGUGGAAUCGACAAAUCCUACCCUACAGUAUGUGGCCACAUGGGACUGGUGCUCGACUGGUGCCCACAUAACGAUCAGGUCAUUGCCAGGGGCUCAGAAGACUGCACGGUGAUGGUGUGGCAUAUCCCAGAAAAUGGACUUACCCUUUCCCUGACCGAACCUGUGGUGAUUUUAGAAGGCCACUGGAAGAGAGUUGGCAUCGUGGCCUGGCAUUCACCUGCCCACAGUGUCCUUCUUAGUGCAGGCUGUGAUAAUGCUAUCAUCAUCUGGAAUGUGGGGACAGGGGAAGUCCUUAUAAACUUGGAUGAUAUGCAUUCAGAUAUGAUUUACAACAUGAGCUGGAACCGGAAUGGCAGUCUGAUCUGCACAGCUUCCAAAGACAAGAAAGUGAGAGUAAUCGAUCCUAGGAAACAAGAGAUCGUUCCUGAGAAGGAGAAAGCACAUGAAGGAGCAAGACCCAUGAGAGCCAUCUUUCUGGCUGAUGGGAAUGUCUUCACCACUGGUUUCAGCCACAUGAGUGAGCGGCAGCUGGCUCUCUGGAAUCCGAAAAAUAUGCAGGAACCAAUUGCUCUUCAUGAAAUGGACACUAGCAAUGGGGUAUUGCUGCCCUUCUAUGACCCCGACACCAGUAUCAUUUACCUAUGUGGAAAGGGUGACAGCAGUAUCCGCUAUUUUGAGAUCACAGAUGAAUCCCCGGACGUCCACUACCUCAACACAUUCAGCAGCAAGGAGCCUCAGAGAGGGAUGAGCUACAUGCCCAAGAGGGGACUCGAUGUUAACAAAUGUGAGAUUGCCAGAUUCUUCAAACUUCAUGAGAGGAAGUGUGAGCCUAUUAUCAUGACUGUUCCCAGGAAGCCUGACCUUUUCCAAGAUGACCUUUAUGCUGAUACAGCAGGGCCUGAAGCAGCACUGGAGGCAGAGGAGUGGUUUGAGGGGAGAAAUGCAGAUCCAGUCCUCAUUUCCUUAAAGCAUGGGUACAUUCCUGGCAAAAACCGGGAUCUCAGGGUGGUCAAGAAGAACAUUCUGGAUAGCAAGCCCACUGCAAAUAAGAAGUGCGACCUGAUCAAUGUCCCCCCAAAAACCCCAGACUCGGCUAGUGUGCAAAACGAAGCUAAGUUGGAUGAGAUUUUAAAAGAGAUCAAAUCUAUAAAAGACACAGUAUCUGCAAUCAAGAUGAGCGCAUUUCCAAGUUAG